GGAUAAUAAAAAAAUGACAUUACAAAUUCAAAGUAGAAGUAAAAAUCUAUUGUCUACAGUUAACCUUUAUGUUGUGUUGUUAGCGACGGAAGAAAACAAACAAGAUUAAUUUUCAUUUCUAAAACAAUAUAAUUAACUCUUAAAGACUAUGAAAGACGUAAUAGAUGUGAUGGCAUUACAGAGUAGUAGACGUGAAAGGCGAUUACCUGAUUAUCGUAGUGCUCCAAGUCAUAGUUUAGCUACUAAUUUCAUAUUUGAGUGUGGAAUAAAACUUGGAUUACAACCGGCGACAGUAGCUACUGCUGCUAUAUUUUACCAUAAAUUCUUUAAGGAAGCUGAUAAAAACGAUUAUGAUUGCUACGUGAUUUGUACUGCUUGUUUGUGUGCGGCGGGGAAGUCACGAGAUGAACCUGUGAGACUGAGAGAUGCAGUGAAUGUUGCACAUAACUCGAUCAACCGUGGUGCGGGGCCCUUGGAAUUGGGCGACGAGUACUGGUCGUGGCGGGGUGCUGUCGCUCAGGCAGAGCUACUAGUGCUGCGACUACUUGGCUUCAAUUUGGACACGCCGUCUCCGCACAGAUAUCUCCUUCACUACUUGCGCACUCUGCAGGAAUGGUUCCCACCGUCACAGUGGCGCUCUGCCCCCAUUGCUCGCACUGCUAUGGCAUUCUUGCAAGACUUCCAUCACUCCCCAUCUAUUCUAGACUACAGAGCUCCUCAUGUGGCUGUUGCAUGUUUAACUCUAGCACUCCAUGUCUUGGGUGUGUCGGUACCAUUGGCUUCAACAUUAGAUGAUGAUGCAGCAUGGUAUUCGGUAUUUACCAAAGAUUUGCAAAAGGAGAAGAAUUGGGAGAUAAUGGAAAAAAUAAUGCAAGUAUAUAGUAGGGAGCCGGAACCUAUAUAGAGGUCCAAUUAUUAUUGUGUGUGUGUCCCUAAUUAUAUACGGACUUUCUAUUUGUAUGCAGUGUUCAUUCCUGAUAUUGUGUAAUGAAAUAAAGAUAUAAAUAAAAA